UUUCGUAUCCAUUUGUUGCUGUAUAGAACACAAGGGAGACUGCGUUUGCUAUCAGGAAGUUGCCUUUUGGUAAGGCUAAGAGGUAUUUGGAGGAUGUUAUGGCUCACAAACAGGCCAUACCUUUCCGACGCUUUUGCCGCGGUGUCGGACGUACAGCUCAGGCAAAGAACAGGCAUUCUAAUGGACAAGGUCGCUGGCCUGUAAAAUCUGCCAAGUUCAUUCUAGAUUUGUUGGAGAAUGCAGAGAGUAAUGCUGAGGAUAAGGGUUUGGAUGUCGAUGUGCUCUAUAUUUCUCACAUCCAGGUUAACCAGGCUCAGAAACAAAGGCGUCGUACUUACCGUGCCCAUGGAAGAAUCAAUCCUUAAAUGUCUUCUCCUUGCCACAUCGAGUUAACUUUGUCCGAGAAAGAGGAGCAGUCAAGAAAGAGGUAACUUACAGCUGAACUUAAAUCU